AUGACAGCAUUCAGCAGCUCUGGGAGCUCUGUUGCGAUCUCGAUUGGUGAUAACGAAAUUGAGCGAUUCGUCUUCAUCCUCGUCCUGGACUCCCGAUACCAUCUGAUCACCACCGACGUUUCUGAAAUGUCGUCCAUCGACUUUUUCCAGGCCCUGACCGCUGAAUAUAACGCCCAACGCGGCAUCCUACGUCGACUAUUCUCUAUUUUCGUCUAUAGCCACUGCGACUUUGUUCAGGUCAAACGAUGGGCCCCCAAACGCUUCGCCCCAGGCAACAAGUUCUCUUUCCCACCAACCGAUGACGACAGCUACAGGUAUUCGCCCCAACCAAUGCUGGAACCACCGAUAUCACCACAUCAGUUUCAUGAGCUCUACUACAGCUGCUAUGACUCGGAGAACCUGAGCCACAGACUCCACAACAUCUUUUCAACAGUGGUACCAGUAGUGUCACCAUGCGACGUUCUUGGCAACAUAUCUGACGAGUUCCUUCUUUGCCUUCCCAAACGGGACACACCGGUUAACUCUACUGGUCAGUUCGCAAAAGGGGAUAAGUUCGAGGUGUUCUGGGGGCUUGUUGCACGCGAGCGGCGCUCUACCGCAAGAGUCAUGGUGUACACUUUAGCCAGCCUUGCCCCGUCGUUAGUAUUUGCGUUUGGGUGGAUGUUCGCCUGGGACCAUUCUGGAGACCUACAGAAUGCAUCUGUACCAUUCACGAUCACUUGUUCUAUGCUGGGAUUGCUGUGGGCCGUGAGCGACGUCAGCACCGAUCCACAGCUACCUCGGUUUACCGAGAUGCGUCUUUCGUAG